CCCCUUACAUUCAUUUUAUCACUUUGACACUAGACAACCUAUACCAUUCCACAAAUCAAACCAAAUGGGUUUGCCAAGCUUUACUCGUAGACUCGUAGUCAAUCUUUUCGCAUGGGAGGCUACAAACCAAUUGCCAAACACGCCCCCAGUCUUCCAGGCGCAACAUUCCAACACACAAACAAGGCGAAAACAGUGAUUUCAUCUCUCUCUCUCUCUCUCUUUGUUACUUCCUUUUACUUUCCCCUUCUUUUUAACCUUUUCCUCUCUUUCGUUCUCUCUCUACUGCCGCGCUGUUGAAGAAAGACCAGAAAGGACUUCUCCCGGGCAAAAAAAAAAAAAAAAAAAAACCCAGAAAGAAAAAGGCUUCAGGCAGAAUAGUCGACAAACAGACAUAGAUCCAUCCGUCCCUCUUCCAACCCAUUUCCAAUCACAGCAAUCAACGCCCAGCCUCCCAAUACCCUUUUCCGCUCUUCAACCAAAUCCUCCUCUCGCAUUUCCAAUUCCUCCUCUCGCCGGCUGAACUUCCCGGCCCGGUAAACAGGUGUGUAAUCUGCGUUUCACAACAAGAAGUUUCACAUAGAAGUUAAUGCGAUUGGGCGCUGGUUACUGAUGUGCAUGGGCUGUAAUCAGUCAGGCCAGUAGCAUACCUGGGAGAUAGAUCAACACUUUUCUCCCUCAUUAGCACCUUGGCGUGGUGCCCUGCAGAGCAUGUUUCGAAGACAUUCAUCCAUGUGACGAUCAACAAUUAAGGAUUAUAUGUUCCUUUUGAGCUCAAUCACAGCAGGAGGAGCAUAUAACCAUUUUGGUAUUCACUGCCAGUUCUACAAUGAAGAAAUGGUAUGGAGGAGUUCUGGUUGCAUCCCUGUUUAUGUUGCUGAUUCUGAGAUAUGGUUUCUUGAACAAUCCAAUUGGAGAAGGUUACAUGGCAAACUCUUUAUCCAACUUAACUAAUCCUCUUGAGUGGGUGCAAAGUACAUUUCCCCCAGCCCUUCAAAGUCCACAAAACUCAUCUCAAGCAAUCUCCACAAAUGCAAUUGUUAUUAGUUUGUUUGCCAUGAGAAAGACACUUUCAAAUGAAGAGAAAGUAUCCUUGCAUACAUGGACUCUGUUGCAAGGCUUGGUGAAUGGUUCUCAGGCUUUACCAAAUGGAUUAGAUGCUAUCAAGGAAGCUGUCUCUGCAUGGAACAAUCUGAUGGCUGCAGUUGAGGAGGAGAAGCUUAGUCAUUAUGCAAAUGACAGCUCAAACAAGAGAGCUAAAGAAAAGCAAUGCCCUCAUUUUCUCAACAAAAUGAAUGCAACGGGGCUCGAUAAUAAGGGUUUUAGAUUGCAGUUUCCUUGUGGUUUGACUCAAGGCUCUUCAAUCACAAUAAUAGGGGUCCCAGAAGGUCUCCUUGGCAAUUUCCGUAUUGAGUUAACUGGAGAAUCACUGCCUGGGGAGCCUGAUCCGCCUAUCAUAUAUCAUUACAAUGUGAGACUGAAUGGUGAUAAGGUAACUGAUGAACCGGUGAUAGUUCAAAAUACCUGGACUGCAGCUCGUGAUUGGGGUGAUGAGGAACGUUGUCCUGCACCUUCUCCUGAGAAAAUCAAGAAAGUGUAUGGUUUUCCAGUGGAUGAGCUGGACCAAUGCAACAAGGUGGUUGGUAAAAACAGUACUAUUAUCCACAGUGAGGGUCCAAAGAGGUCUGCUAUUCAGGACGGAUCCAGAACCAGAACAUAUUUUCCUUUUAAGCAGAAUUAUCUUUCUGUGAUGACACUAAGGGUUGGAUCAGAAGGAAUCCAGACAACAGUUGAUGGAAAGCACAUUACGUCUUUUGCAUACCGUGAAACUUUGGAGCCAUGGCUUGUUAGUGAAGUUAGGACUUCUGGAGACCUGAAGUUAAUCUCUGUUCUAGCCAGUGGUCUCCCUGCAGUUGAGGAUUCAGAACAUUCUUUAGAUUUAGAAGCACUCAAAGCAUCUCCUCUCUCCCCAAGGCAAUCACUGGAUCUCUUCAUUGGUGUUUUCUCCAAUGCAAACAACUUCAAGCGUAGGAUGGCUGUCAGAAGAACUUGGAUGCAGUAUGCUGCCAUACAUUCAGGAGCAGUCGCAGUUCGAUUUUUUGUUGGCUUGCACAAAAACCAAAUAGUAAAUGAGGAACUAUGGAAUGAAGCAAGAACGUAUGGGGACAUACAGCUGAUGCCUUUCGUGGACUACUAUAAUCUUAUCACAUGGAAAACGUUAGGAAUCUGCAUCUUUGGGACACAAGUUGCGUCAGCAAAGUACGUGAUGAAGACUGACGACGAUGCAUUUGUUCGCGUGGAUGAAAUCCUUUCUGCUUUGAAGAGAAUCAAAGUGAAUCAGGGAUUACUUUAUGGGCUCAUCAACUCAGACUCCCAACCCCAUCGAAAUCCUGAUAGCAAGUGGUACAUUAGCUCCGAGGAAUGGGCAGAGAACAAAUAUCCCCCGUGGGCUCAUGGUCCUGGUUAUGUCAUCUCUCAAGAUAUAGCGAAUGCAGUUUACAAGAAAUACAAGGAAGGUCGUUUAAAGAUGUUUAAACUAGAAGAUGUAGCGAUGGGGAUCUGGAUUGCCGAGAUGAAGAACGAAGGCAUGAAAGUACGAUACGAGAAAGAAGAUAGAGUCUGCAACGAAGGAUGCCGAGAUGGCUACAUUGUUGCCCACUACCAAGGUCCUAGGGAGCUGCUGUGUCUGUGGCAGAAGAUCCAGGAUGGAAAUGUGGCCAAAUGCUGUGGCGAUUGAGAACGCAGGUUCGUCAUCCCUUAACUGAGACUCCAUUAACUCGAGGAUUCGCUAACUCCGGUUUCGGCACCAUCAUGAUAUCAUCUCAGUACCAGUUAGCAAUAGUGACCCCAUUGUACAUAGAGAGAUCUUAUCUAGUUUGUAACAUAUAGGCCACACCAUAAUAUUCAUGUAUCAUCAAGCACCAUCAGUUUUGCCCCUUUUUUUUUGUGUAUUAAUCGGCCUCCUCUUAUUGUUAGGUCCUUUUUAGAAUUAGCCCUUUAUGAUAUAAUGUAUCGAGUUUAUUGCUGUGGCAGUUGAGUUAUUGGAGUAUGAUAGCAGUUUCUUCCGAGUUUGGCUACUGUAUCUUUGUCGUUGUGCUCAAUUGUAAGGCUCGCAGAUCCGAUCUUUAAUAUGAUCUCAAAAUCCA